AUGGAAAUGCUCAAGCAGCGGUUCGAGCAAUACAAGGCAGCCUACGCUCAGUACAAGGAGGCGGGCGACACUGGUCAGGCCAAGGUGACGCUUGCUGCCAUCAAGACGAUCAACGAGCUCAGCCAAGCGAUCCAGCAGGGAAAGCCUAUCGAUCUGUCUAAGGUGCCGCCAGAACCGUUCGUAGUGAUCGUUCCCCGGUUGGACGAAGUCGAGCAGCAGAGGUUGGCCGCCUUUGCCAAGCUGGAGAACGAAUUUACGGCCCAGAUCAAGGCCGUGCACGAACAGGCCAAGAAGCUCAAGGACUCUCCCCUGCGAGAGGACAAGCAAAAAGCGGUGGACAUGUACAGACGCCAAAAGGAAAUGAUGGAGGAUUUGAAGGUGAUCAUUGCUGCCAGGGAGUCAGGACAGCCUCUGCCAAGGCAUCGCUACGAGGUAAAGCAAACGCAAGAGGAGCUGGUCUUCUCGCAUUUGCGCGACUACGAGAUGGAAGUCGGCGUCGUGAGGUGCCUGCACCUGCCCGUCCCCAAGGAAAUCGCCACCGUGGAAUCCUAUGUCUACAUCACCUUCCCCUAUCCCAAGGCCGAAACGCCGCAGGUUAUCAAGUCUUCGUCCGUGACCAAAUCUCUCGAUCCUGUGUACAACUUUGUGGGCAAGCUCGAGAUCGAACGAAAGAAGUCUCUCCUUCGAUUGUGUGAACGCAAGCGACCCAUCACGUUCGAGAUCUAUCACCGCAAGCUGCUGGGCCGAGACGUCCUACUGGGGAAGGGCGAACUCUCGCUCGAGGGCCUCAUCAACAAAUGUGAAGUCACCGAACUCGUCGACAUCCUGAAGCCCACCAGCCGCAAGGCAACGGGAGGCAAGCUCGAAGUGUGCCUGCGUCUCCGAACACCGCUACAGGGCAAGGAUGUCCGUGUGCGCGAGGAGAAGGUUCUCGUGCUCGAUCCCACGGCGCCCGGCCCAGUGGUGGCCGCACCUGCGCCACCGGCCCAGCCCGAGUCCCGCUCGCCCACCCUUCCCGCUUCUCCUCCCUCUACUCCUCAGCCGGCCGUCACCGCUGGCCCCACAGCUGCUGCCCCCAAGAGUCCCGUUCCCUCGACUCCACCACCCAAGCCAGCGCCCAAGCCAGCGCCCGCUUCCCCACAGGCGGGAGCGCCGCCUUUCAACCUCGACUCCUACGAGCCGGACAGCGUGGACAACAUGAUCAGCAACAACGUGCUCGAGGAGGAGCUGCGACGCACCGACCUGGCGCUCAAGCAGUCGCCCAAGAACGAAGACCUGCUCGACAGGAAGCAGCAGAUCCAGCUCAAGAUCAACAUGCUCCAGAUCCAGGUGGAGACCGGCCUGCUGACGAUGGAGGUCUACGUCCAGCGUCUCGAGCAGAAGAUCAAGGAGGAGCGCGCCAUCGCCCAGCUGCUUGUACUCACGCGAGUCAAGAUCAUGGAGAAGGAGCUCACCGAAGGCGACGACGAAGAGGAAGAAGCGUGA